CCAUUCGACUUGUCGGUUCGCCUCGUAUGAUCGUCUGUGGGUCCUGAUCUUCGAGCUUUCGUACGACCUAAAACCCCGGCAUCAUCCUCUUUCUCGAUCAUUUUGAAGAAGCGUUUCCAGGGGAAGCUUCAGAAAGUUACAAUAAGAACGGAAACCAAAGAAAUGCCAAGAAUGGAAAUCGAAAUCCCUGCUAUUCAUCCCGCAGUAGCAGUCAGGGCUCCAAGAGAGCCUCUCAUCCUCAUCGAUGCCCCGACAUAUCCACCCGACGCCGGCGAGGUCAUUGUCCAGGUAGAAUGGACCUCCUCAACGCCUUACCAUCUGCACCAGGCAGACGGCGGCCUGCUGAUCGACAUGUUCCCCCGCAUCCUGGGCGACACUUUUGCAGGAACGGUGCUCCUAGUCGGGCCCGGGCCGCACCACGUCAACCUCGAGGUCGGGGACAAAGUUCUGGGGUACUCAUUCCGCGACGACAAGGACGGCAAGGAAAAGGCGGCCCAGACCCUCAUCACCGUCCCCACUUUCUUGCUAGGGAAGAUGCCCAAGGGGUUGACGAUGCAGGAAGCCGUAACUGUGCCCGACAACAUCGUUACCGUCUUCCAGACCGCCGUCGAUCUCGGACUGCCGCUCCCAUGGCCCAUCCCGGAAGAUUGGACGCCCCCGGAAGCGGAUGCGCCGAUCUUGCUGUGGGGCGGAGCCGGGUCAGUUGGAAUGUACUCCAUCGAGGUGUUCCGGCAUUGGGGGUACAAGAACCUCAUCGUGGUCGCGAGCCGGAAACAUCAUGAGUACCUCACCUCGCUAGGUGCGACGGCCUGCUUCGACUAUCGAGAAAAGCACGUCGUUCAGAGUAUCGAGGACCAUCUUGGUCCCAAGGGCGUCCCCUACGUUAUCGACUGCAUUGGACACUUGUCAGGAUCCCUUGGACCUAUUACCCACCUGGCGGAUCAAGGCACCAAGGUUGCGGUUAUGCUCCCUGUCGUCAUCAAAGACCCAACCGAGAUUGAGGCCCCUGUUUACCAGAUGACAGAGCCCGCUGAAGGACAAUGGAAGGAAGGUGUUGUUGUUAAGGGUGUCAGAACACAUUUUUUUCUCAAGAACAAACUAUUCAAGGACAAGAUGCAAUGUGAAAUAAUACCGUCAUUGUUGGAGCAAAAGGUGGUGAGGCCAAACCCGCAAAGAAUAGUCGAGGGAGAUACGUUACUGGAGCGGGCUCAAGAUGCCAUUGUGCUCCUGCGAAACAAGGCCGUAAGCGGUGAAAGACUUGUGUGGAGAGUCUCAGAAAAUGAAGCGGUUGUGUGAGGCUAUGUUCAGCCUACAAAUAAGUACUCAAAGAAUUAGUUCCACUCAGUUGCUCAGCUGUCAAGCAGUGAAGGGGAGGGAUGUUUAAAAGGCCAUCGAUGAAUUCAACAUCUUCUCAAACCAUGUGGAGAGCACCCGGAUCUGGCAUACGCCCACGUUCUAAAGCUCCGCGACAGCUUACAGAACCGAGAACUAGGAACGAUGCGGUGUGAUUGUAUUCCUUGGUUGACUCAAGAGGCGUCCCAAAUAGCUCAGUUAUUUGCAGGAAGCGCACUGCGUGAAGAUGAAAAGGCCGAGAUGACUGGAAAAUUCAAUGAUGAACAGUUCUCAACACUGUAAUCGCUGCUGUAAUACAAUCCACCGG